AUGCAUCGCUUCCUGCUCCUCGCCGCCGCAGCGCGCGCCGCCGCUGCCGCCGACCCGCCGACCAAGGAGUCGAAGAUGCGCGGCGCCAUGCUCGGCGCGCUCGUCGCGGACGCGCUCUCGUUAGCCACGCACUACGAGUACGACGCCGUGAAGAUCCGCAAGUUCUACGGCGCCAUCGACAGGUACUACGCGCCCGGCGAGAAGACGGGCGGCGAGACGCAUGGCGUCGGCUGGGGCGCGCGGAACUUCCACAACGGCAACGGCAACGGCCCGGCGAAGCGCGCGGGCGAGAACACGGACUACGGCGACUACACGCUGCUCGUCGCCGAGCACCUGGCCGGUAGCCCCGCGAGCUCCACCUUCGACGUGGCGUCGUUCAUCCCCCGGUGGCAGGAGGCCCUGGGCGCGUGGCGGUCGUGGAUCUGCACGCAGACGAAGCAGACCUACCAGCAGGUGCAGCGCGGCGCGCCCGUGGCCCAGCUCGGCGGCAACUCGAACGCCAUGGCCAUGCGGAGCGCGGGCAUGCUCGGCUACUACGAGCGCGAGGACGACCUGGCCACAGCGGCGCGCGCGGCCAUGUUCACGCACCGCGAGGCGAGCGCGCUCGACGGCGGCGAGUUCUUCGCGCGCGUCGCCCACCGCCUGGUCCACGGGUCGGCGACGCCGCGGGAGGCCGUCGAGGCCGUCGCGGCGGACUCGUCGGCGUUCGUCAAGACCAAGGUCGCGCAGGCGCUGGCCAAGGUCGACGAGGCGACGGACCCGGCGUCGGAGCUGUCGCGCGAGCCCUUCGUCGACGACCUCGCUUUGACGUCCAUGGCGCGCCUCUGGGAGGUCGGCAAGAGCGAGCCCAUCAAGGUCGGCAAGGCGAGCCCGACGGAGGGGACGCUGCCGGGCUCCGUCUACCUCAUCGUCAAGUACGCCGACGACCUCGCCGCCGCGGCCCGGGCCAACGCGGAGGUCGGCGGCGACAGCGCGUCCCGCGCCGUGGCCAUCGGCCAGACCCUCGGCGCCUACCACGGCGUCGAGGGCAUCCCGGACAACCUCGGCAAGGGCGCGCUCGUCGAGUCGCCGCCGCAAAACCAGCCGCUGCGGUCCCUGUCACCCACCAAGCAACUCGAAGUGCCAGCCACGGCGAUCGUCCCGCCGUUCGUGCCCGUCAUGUCGGCGGUCGAGAGCAUCACGCUCCGCCUGCAGGCCUGGGUCUACUUCGUGACCUGGGUGCAGUACGCGGCGAACCACAUCACGCGCAAGUGCUACACGAACGUGAAGAACCUCGGCGACAUGUACAACCCGUCGAAGAUCUUGGGCGUGGGCUUGUACGGGUCGGCGCUCUGCAUCUUCCUGCUCAUCUUCGGCAUGUGGAACGGCUUCUACGACCUCGGCCCGUUCAUGACGAACGGCUACUUCCUCGGCGUCUACCUCAUCUUCGGCUUCUUCCAGGCCAUCGGCGGGCCCGUGGGCACGUCCAUCAUGGGCAACUGGAUGGUCACGCCCGGCGCGAAGAAGCGCCGGGGCCUCAUCUACGGCACGUGGACGACGCACCAGUACUUCGGGAACAUCGUCGCCCCGGUGAUCAUCAUCGGCUGCAACGCCGUCGGCGCCAAGUGGUGGUGGGGCCUCAUGUGGGCCGUCAUCAUCAACGCGUCCUGGGGCGUCGUCUGCCACCUCUGCCUGCCCUACUCGCCCGAGUCGCACGCGCGCGCGGAGGCGGCGGCCGCUUCCGGGUCCGUGAACGCGGCGCCCGAGGAGGCGCGCCAGGGCAUCUCCAUCAAGCAGGCGCUGGCGAUUCCGUCCGUGCCCGGCUACUGCAUCGCCUUCGGGUUCAUGAAGACGAUCAACUACGUCCUCUUCUUCUGGCUCCCGCUCUUCCUCCAGACGCACUUCGAUUCCGACACGGCGAACAUGAUCUCGACGCUCUACGACUUUGGGAUGAUGCCCGGCGGCAUCAUCGUCGGCGUCGUCUCCGACGCCAUGGGCGGCCGCCGGGGCUGCGUCAUCGUCGUCUUCCUCAUCAUCCUCUGCCCGCUCCUCUUCUGCAUGGCGCUCUUCGCGGACGUGCUCGGCACGGGCCUGCUCAUGGUCAUCCUCGCGUGCAUGGGCAUCCUCAUCGGCGGGCCCAACAACAUCGUCACGUCCGCCGUCGCCGCCGACCUCGCGGAGCACCCGUCGAUCCAGGGCAACAAGGCCGCGCUGGGCACCGUCGUCGGCUUGAUCAACGGCUCGGGCUCGUUCGUCGCGGCCAUCGGCCAGAUGCUCGUGCCCUACAUCACGGACGCGCUGGGCUGGUCCGCGCUCUGGUACUUCAUGCUCGUCUCCACGGUGAUCUCCUGCUUCCUCAUGCUCCCCAAGAUCUACUCCGAGCUCUUCGGCUACGACGCGCCGCCCGUCCCGAACCAGUGCGACACGAAGCUCUGGGUCGUCGGGAGGACGCCGGAGGGGAAGUACGUGUCCCCGGCGCGCGUCACGGUCGAGAGGCGGCUGUUCCUGCUCCAGUCGGUGCCCGACGGGCUCGUGAAGGGCGAAUUCAAACAACCGCGCUGGGGCAAGUUCUCGGCGCUCAAGAAGCCCGACGGCGCGCCGGUCGUCAAGGGCGUCGACUGCUUCGAGGUCUGGUGUUCCCCGGAGGUCAUGCGCGUCCUGGUCGAGUCUCUCAUCGCUACGUACCUGAAGCGCCGCUCGAGCUCGGGGAGCACCGCAGGCUCCACCGACGCGGCGGCGGCGCCCGCCGUGGCGGACGACGCGGACGGCCCGGACCUGGCUGCGCUGCUCAAGUUUUUCGUCGGCGACGUCUUUGCCCUCCCGACCUUCCUGCGCGCGGCCGAGGCGUCCAGCGUCGACACGGACGCGAAGGCGACGUCGACGUCGACGGCCGAGACGAAAACGAAACGGUCCGACCCGAAGCCCGUGGUGGACAGCUCCGAGGUCUGCUCGUUGAUGCCGCGGCCCGCGAGGCGCGGCCUCGCCCAGGCGCUCGAGCGCUGCGCCGACGUCAUCCUCUACGAUUUGGCUCCUCUCGCGAAGGAGGAGAUCCUCCUCGGGAAGCUCGAGGAGCUCCGGCGCGACGGCGCCCCGAACUGGGACCGCGUGGCGACGACGGGGUUGUUGAAGAAUUUGCGUGCGGCGUUCGACGGGUUCCGGAAAUUGGAGGCGCGCCAGCGCGUCCACGCGGCUCGAAGGCACCUGUCCAACCCCGACCUCGUCCUCGGGUCCCUCGAGGACGGCCAGACGCUCAUCGCGUACGUCCGCCGCCUUUCAAAUCUUCCAGAGCUGGACGCGGCCGCGCUCCCAAACAACGCUCGGCCGCUCAGGGAUGUUCUGGACGCGGUCCGGCGGAUAGUGGAGGCCAAGAUGCGGUACUCGGCGUUGAGCAAGGGCGACGCCAUCCAGGCGAAGAUCCUCGCGAAGAACGGCGAGGACUACUGCGCCGGGGUCGUGAACAGCAUGAGCGGAAGCCGCUCGGGGACCGUGAAUGAGGAGGCGCUCGUCCAUCGACUGGAGCUGAUGUGCUACAAGAAGAUCCUGUCCGGCGACCUGGGCGAGGUCUACUCGAUCUGCCUGGCCGGCGACGGCGGAACGGGGACGGCGCCGGGCAGCAAACCGGUCGGCGGCCAGGCCUGGGCGAUCCACGUCGGCGUGAGCACGGACCACCGCUGCGCGACGGGCUGCCCGUCGACCUGGCUCGGCGACGGCUCCUGCGACAAGAAGUGCGACUCGCGGGCCUGCGCCUACGACGCGGGCGACUGCGGCGGGCCCGCGCGCUUCGAGAACGAUCUGCCCGGCGGCGGCGUCGGCGAGCCCGUCGUCCUGCGGGUCGGCGACCCGGCGGCCUACGCGAACCUGAGCGCGAGCUUGUCGAACUGCACCGUCGACGCGGCGACGCUCGAGGACGCGCCGGCGCUCGUGGGAGAGGCCCUCGUGUUGACGGAGACGAAGGUGCUGGUCUUGAUCCUCGACGGCGAGGCCGCGGAGGCCCAUUUUCCCCCGCGCAACGGCACGAACUCGUCGAACGCCACGUCCUGGUCCGCCGUCGUGCGGGCGACGUGCGACGGGGUUCGGCCGACGGAGCUGCGCCUCAACUUCACGCUCCUCGACGCGCGGUGGCCGCCGGCGCCCGAGGCGCCGAACGCGACGGCGACGAACGCGUCGGCGCGCCCCCUCGUCGCCGCGCGCUGCGACGCGGCCCACUUCGGCGCCGGCGUCGCCGUGGUGCGCGUCAACCGCACCUGGACCGCGCGGCUGCCGCUGCCGCGGGAUUUGGCGGUCUCCGACGUCGUCGCACGGUUCACCGCUUCAGUCACUGAGGCCAACGGCACCGCGGCGACGGUCGAGGCGCCCCUCGUGCGCGUGUUGACGAACGACUCCUCCAUCGGCGCCAACCGCAGCGUCGACGCGGUGUUGGCGCUGCCGGGGAAGGCGCUCUGGCGGCGGCUGGCCAAUACCAACGAAGCGCGCGACCUCGCGGCCGCCGUGGCGGCCUGGCGCCGGCGCCGGGACUCUUCGCCCCUCGUCGUCGCCGGCCUCGUCGAGCUCGUCGUCGAGGCGACGGCGGCCGUCGUCGGCUGCGCGUCGUUCGCGCUCGAGACGCGCGACGCCGGCGCCGUCGACGACGACNGCCCGCGGCGCGGGCGGCGCCUGCUCCUGGACACCUACGGCGAGUCGCUCGUGCGCGUGAACCGCCUCUACAACGCCGAGUUCGGGACGAAGGUGCGCAAGGUGCCCGCGCACAUGCCGCACAUGAUCGACCGCGACGUCGUCGGCGCGAUCCAGAAAAAAUACGCGGAGCCGUGGCGCGAGACCGCGUCGCACCGCUUCCGGUCGGGCCGCGACGUCCAGUACGCGUUCGCGUACUUCCACUACGUCAUGGGCACCUUCGACGCCGCGGCGCCGGAUCUGGACGAAUUGUGGCGGGUGGAGAUCGACGCGGACGGGUCCGGGGCGCUCGACGGCAACGAGGUUUUGACGCUCGCGGCCAUGGCGCUGGGCAAGGAGCCCGACGACGCUUAUGUGGAUGAGAUCUACGCCUGCGCGUCGUCGGAGCGCGUCGGCGCGGCGCUCCGGCGCUGGUGGCGGCGGCUGCCGUCGCCGCGGUUCGCGCGCGCGGCGGCCGCGGACCGCGGCGACCGCUGGGCGGACCCGGGCCGCGCGGUGACGCUCCCGUCGCUGCGGCGCUGCGACGACGCGCGCGAGGGCGUGCUGCGCCACGCGAAGCUGCGCCGCGAGCGCCGCGAGCGCUACGUCGUCGAGAAGAAUUUGGACGAGGUCGCCUUCGAGAUGCUCUCGGACGACUACAACGCGACCAAAUCGCAGCUCGACUCGAUCCGCGCGCGGCGGACCAAGUUCAUCUGCGUCAACGACAACGUCGACGACAUGACGCCCGAGCUCGCGGCGCUCUUCCGCGACUUCUUCGCGUCCUACUACCCGCGGCGGUCCCAGUUCGAGCUCCCGCCGGGGUCGCGGAACCGCCACCUCCGCCUCGAGGCCUACGAGCGCGACGCGCUCAAGGACAGACUCGCCGCGGGCCUCGCGGUCGCGCUCGCCGCCUGGGGCGCGGCGGCGGCGCUGCGGCGCCGGACGACCGCGGGGGCAGGCGAGGACGAGGGCAAGGGGAAGGCCGAGUAA